AUGAGAGAAAAGGGUGGUAUGAAAAGACAUCUGUGGUUUAAAGGAAUGCCAGCAAGUCAUGGUGCAUCAUUAUCAUAUCGAAGUAUUGGUUCUACAGGUCAAAGGGAUGCUCCUGGUAAGGUACUUGAAGGCAAAAAGAUGCCUGGGCGCAUGGGUGGGAAUCAGAUAACAGUUAAAAAUGUAUGGGUCUACAAAAUACAUCCAGCAAGGAAUUUGAUGUGGGUGAGAGGCCAGGUUCCUGGUGCCGAAGGAAACUUUGUCUUUAUAAAAGAUGCUGUUUACAAGAAACCCGAUAUUUCAUCACUCCCAUUCCCUACCUACUUUGCAGCAGAAGAUGAAGAUACAUGAGAACCUAUAAUUGCUGAACUUGGAGAUACAGAUCCAUUCAUGGCUGCAGAUAAAUUGAUUACAAUUAAUUGCGUUGCAGUCCCGACUUUUUAUAUUAAAUACAGGAGGCAUGACACGGUUGUCUUCUGCGCAAUAUGCUGAGGCUGUCAAUCCAGUUAUUUUUGUUGGAGGGGCGUAUGAUUUUGUUCUUUUCAUUUAGGUUGAAAGGAAUGAACUUGAACAAAUUUGAAGAUCACAGGAGGAAAUGAGAUAUAAUAAGAAGUUCUCCAUAACAAAUUUUCAACUGCUUAUGACUUCAUGUACAGCUUCAUAUUUUUGAACAUAUGUAUUAUAUUUACUUUUAUUUUAA